CAUCUGGGUGGCUCAGUCGUUAAGCAUCUGCCUUCGGCUCAGGUCAUGAUCCCAGGGUCCUGGGAUCGAGCCCCGCAUCGGGCUCCCUGCUCAGCGGGAAGCCUGCUUCUCCCUCUCCCGCUCCCCCUGCUUGUGUUCCCUCUCUUGCUGUGUCUCUCUGUCAAAUAAAUAAAAUCUUAAAAAAAAAAAAAAAGAAGUAAUAACAAUAGCUAGGACUUAGUGAAAGCUUCCCACGUGAGCCCUGAAGACAAGCCUUGCGGGUUUCACAAAUUCUCCCAGAGCCCAUAGUUUCUACAGAGGAAUUUACUCAACAGCAGCUUACUCGCUGGAGAGAAUGGAAUGAGUCUGACGUUGGGUUACUGGAAGGAGAAGCUGGGUUGAGGUGGGAGUGGAGCUUCUGUAGUUCUGUGCUGGCCAUGAGGAAGUAAGUGAUCAGGAAGUGCUGAGGCCAUUCCAAUCAUAGAACCAUAUGAUUUUUGACCAGAAAGGGGGUUAGGCAAUGAGUUGAGUCUUCUCGCCCUCAUAGAAAAAAGCGAUUUGCCCACAUUAAGCCCAAAAGCAACAGAGACUUAAAAGGAAUCCAUUUCCCUAAAUUUAAGUUUCCAAGAGACUCCCAUAUUCAAACCCAGAUUCUGGACAGGGAUAAUAAGAGACGGAUACAGGAUACCUUGAAAGCGAAACUCCAUUAAAACUGAGUAGUGCUGGGGAAACAUAAGUUAAGACGCUUCACUCCGUUAUAGAGGAUGUAUUUCAACGACAGUGUGGGAUAGUAGAGAAACACUUCCUAAGGAAACCCAGAGCUCUUUUCUAUCUCACGUUUCUUUUCGCUGAAGCUCGAAGCUCAAAGUUCAUGGCUUCAUCAAAGCAGCUCCAAAUACUGACGGUGAGAUAGCUCUCACCUGGAGCCCCAUGUGUGCUCCUCUACCCCUUGGCUGGGACCAGUCACCUGGGAAUCACUCCAGCAGGUGGCUUCCAAAGUCCAACCUGCUGGGUUGAAAUCUGACACUGACAGAGACUCCCCCGGAGCCGCUAUUGAAAGCUAAACCAGGAACCAGGAAAUGCACCAGCCUCUUUCUGUAGAAAAACAGCUGGGCUCCUCGGAGACAGAACACCAUGGGAAACCAGCUCUGCUGUGGGGGAAGCUGGAGCUGCCCACCAACUUCCCAGAGGAAAAAGAAACCAGGGAGCCGAGCAGGACGGGCUCUGAAGCAGCCAAAGCAGCAGAACAGGGCAAAGGCCUGUGACACAAGAGGACAUAUUUGUGAACAGGUGUUAGAGAAGCCCACGUCUCAGGAGAGGAGUCGAGGCCUCAGGUUGAAGGAGAGCAGCUUACAUUAUGCAGACAUUCAAGUGUGCAGCUCUACCCAGCCACGCUCUGCUCUGGAGGUGAAGAACCUGCAGUUUGAAAAUGCUACGCAGUACGCAACCCUUCGCUUCCCCCAGGCCACAUGCCAUUAUGACAGCAAGAACGGGACCCUAGUGUGAGCGCUGGGGAGGACAGACCUGUUUCCAUCAUUUUACCACUACUCCCCUGGGGAGACUCUGCACUGGGGAAAUGGCUGGCAGCCCAGAGAUGCCUGCCACGUUUUAAAGAACUCCAGAGCCCUUGUGAGUGCCCCCAGUCUUGGCCCCUCCCCUAGGCCUAUCUUUUACUUGCCACCAUUAGCUUGGAGUGGUAUUUGGGUUAGCUAGGGGUGGAUGGAGUUCCACAAAAUGAGGGGGGCUAGGAUGAGGGCGCAGGAAGUUUUUUGACCCCUUCCUUUGCUCCUGCUUUCAAGAAAAGUGCUUAUAGGACAGGUUACCCCGGCACUUGAGCUGAUUUUGUUGGGCUUAAUUUAGUGGUGUCUCUUUUACACACCUUAAACUCCAAAGCUGAAGAAGGAGAGGUGCUCUGGAAAAGCAUUCUGAGUUCUUGUGCACAGCCCCCAGAGCUGGCUUGGGCAAUUCCUUCGGUGGUUGGGUCAAGGGUCCCAGAACCUCAACAGACAAACGAGGGCAAGGGCUGAGACGUGGAGGAAGCGAUCUCUGACCAUCGGUUACGAAUACUUCAAGUCAUUGACAGCACUGCAUGGCCCGGAAACUCCCCUUGGUUGGAUCGUUGGCUCUCGCAGGUGCGGAGCCGCUAGGAUCAAUAAAUCGCAUAAGGAACAUGCCUGGUGCUUUUCCGGGGUGGGGGUCUGCAGGCUCUACGUAAGCGAAGCCCUCAGCCUGAGGGCAGCCGGGAAAUCCAGACACUUCGCGCGCGGGACCCCACAGGCCUUGGCUGGGGCGGAGCGGGGCUCUGGUUUGGACGCCCAGGAGGCG